AUGAGUGACGAAGAGGUCAAGGUCCAGCUGGACACCCUGAAGGCCGAACUCGAGAAGGUCAAGCUUGAGAAGGAAGCAGAGGGAGGGCAACAGCUUUUGUUUGCUCCAAAGCUGCGAAAGGUAGAAAAAUUUCCGGGGAAGAAAGGUCAUGGAGUAUCUGUGUACGAGUUCACCGAGGAGAUGACCAGGAUUCUGAAAACACGUCAUACACCGCAGGAAGAACAGGUGGACUUUGUCCUUAGUCAUCUUGAGGGACCUGCGAAGGAGGAGAUGUGGUUUCACCCAACAGAAGAAAAAAGAGUCCGAAAACAAGAAAAAGCGAUUGCUUUAGCCCAGGAUCAGGAAGAGCCAAAGAAGAGGACAGAAGUCAUCGUGUAUGCAGAGAAAGCUUAUGAUCACGAUGAUAUUAAAGAACUUAUCAAGACUCUUAAAAGCGAUUGUCGUGACCUGUUCCUAACUGAUGUUCCAUUUCUCAACUCAACUGAGGCCAAAACGAGAGUUGGAGAAGUGAAGGGCUUUGCUAGGAUUUCUUCGAACGAGGAUGUGUGCAUUCAUCAGUUUCUGUCUACGGGAAUGAGGGGGGAAACGGUUGUACUGCAUGACGAUGUAACCGGAGAUCCACCAGCAUUUGACACAUCCUUACUCGUCCCAGAUAACAUGAAGUGCACCUCAGGGGAACGACAGAAAUUUUUAGACCUAUUCUUAAGGAAUCAUGAUGUAUUUGCGAAGAAUGACCUGAACUUGGGAUGCACUGAGACUGAAGUGCAGUACCUCGGUUACACUGUCUCUAAGGAUGGGGUUUCUGCUUCUGAGGAUAAAGUUAAGGUUGUAGAGGACUGGGUACUUCCUACGACACUUAAUGACUUGAGAGGAUUUCUGGGGUUUUCGAGCUACUAUCGUAGAUUUGUAUCGAGAUAUGCACAUACUGCAAAACCCUUGUAUGGACUGAUCGCCGCUUUCAACAAGCAGAAUCCACAAAAGUCUAACGGGCAACUGAAACAAUUAUGGACGCCUGAGUGUUCGACUGUAUUCAACAUGCUGAAAGCUAAGCUGACAUCCACAGAUGUGCUUGGGUUUGCAAAUUACUCCAAACCAUUCAUCCUGGAGACAGACGCGAGUUUGAAUGGGCUGGGUGCUGUUUUGAUGCAAGAACAGGAAGGGAAACGUCGUGUCAUCGCCAAUGCUAGUCGCACACUCCGCCCUACAGAGCGCAAUGACGGUAACUAUAGCUCUGCAAAACUUGAACUGCUUGCUUUUAAAUGGGCAGUGACUGAGAAGUUUAAGGAUUACCUGUGGGAAUCUACAUUCGAAAUCAUGACAGACAGCAACCCCAUAUGUUAUCUCCAAACAAGCGCAAAAUUGAGGGCUACUGAACAAUGUUGGGCCAUGCAACUAGCGCAGUAUGACUUCACCAUCAAGUACCGACCUGGAAAAGAGAACACUGCAGCUGAUGCCUUAUCAAGACUAUCCAGAUCAAAACUACCCCACUUGCGCAUGCGGCUACCUAUUAGCCACCUUCUAGCUACGAAACCAAAUGAGAUUGUGGCUAUGGACUUCACACUUCUAGAAAAGUCAUCAGAUGGCAGAGAAAAUGUUCUAGUUCUUACUGAUGUUUUCUCCAAAUUUUCCAUUGCAAUACCCACUUGA